UGGCAGUGUGUCCUCUGUUCCCAGAAUUGUGUCUGAGUCUGUCUACAACGGAUCUUACAACUCCAUAUCCUCCAUCACCCCUUUCUCUCUCUCUCUUCUCUCUCUUCUCUCUCUUCCUGCUAUGCUAAGCACUGUGCUGUUUCUCUCUCUACAACUCAUGGGUGGGAUUUAGGACUAUCGUUUUCUUGCCAAAGAGGCUCCUCGUGAAGUGCAUGUGAAGCUUGUUGAGAGAUCUGUGGCUUAAUAAUCCAAACGGGUCACCUUCCUUUUUCUGAUUCAGGCGUUUGAGGUGUUAACCAUCUACUUUUUAUGUUUUUUUAAUACCUUCUUCUCUCUUUCUCUCUCUCUUUUUGGCUGCCCUUUUAGAAAUGUUACAUCAUGUUCUUUACGCCUCUGCUUCAUUAACUCCUCAUUUUUGUCACACGCUGUGGCUCUUCCAAUGAGGGAUUGCUACUUUGAUUGCUUCCACUUGAGCUUUGAGAAAAUCGGGUCUUUGUUUCUUCUCCUCUCUUUGCAUGCUUAGCUACAAAAUUGCGCCUUGUUUUGUCCUGGGGGUGGCAGCACGCUUGCCUCGUUCACAAAGUUCAUUCCUUUUGGCUCAAUGGUUGGUUCAAUAGGUUUGAAGAAGUGUUGGUUUGUGUUUGUGGAGUGUCUGGUGGGAAGUUUUGGUGGUUAAUGGUACCUCCUCUUGAAGGGUGUUUCAUUACUGGGUUGAAUCUUGGCGGGUCUUAGUGUUAGCUCUGUUCAUGGGGUAAUUGACCAUGAGAGUCGCUGUUUUCCUUUUGGUGAGUUUGAAUUGUAGCCUUGUUUUGGCAUUUCCGGGUAGUUAAUUGGAUUGAGCAUUUUCUAUUUCCUUUUGUUUUGUUGCCACAAUAGUGAUAAAUUGUCAGUUAUAGGCAAAAAUGAGAGAUUAUUUGAUUUGUUUCCUUAAUUUAGAAGAGAUUCUGCUGUUAGAAGGAUUGAUUUUCUGAUCAUGACUAGGGCUGUCCGCAAUAGGGUUCUCAAAGAUGCCAAUGGUGAUAUUAGUGAUCAUCUACGCAACCACAUCCAUUUGACAAAUUGUAUUCACCUGAAGAACCAUAUGCACAAGAACAGCCCCAUACUGGCUGAUAGGUCAAUCAUGAGGGACCUAGUUGUGCUGCAGAGAUCAAGGUCUCUCAGGGACCCUUCUGCAAGUCCUCCAUCAUGGCACUCACCUUCUGUUGUUGACCUGCUUUUCAAGAAAGUUGAAAAUGAUGCUGUGUCUCAAGGGGGAAGAAGGUCUGUCGGGGUUGAGCACAGGAAGGAAGGGAGGAGAAUGUCUGGAACCUCACCGCCAUUGGUGAGUAUUGGUUCAUCAAGAGUUGCUCCGGGUGAGAUUGGUAGGGGUAAUGAUGGGAUAACGGCAACUAGUGAACGUAGUAGUAGAAGUGGAAUGGGAGAUGGGAGGAGAGUGGGUAGAGACGAAUCUGGAAGGAAGGAUGAUAGGCCUGACUUUUUGGAUGUGAAUCAAGAAGGGCCUUUCAAUCAAGCUGGCAAAAGUUUGGCCGAAGAUGUUAUUUCAAGGCACUCUGAGUCCAAAGAGAGAAAGGGCAAACAAAGGGGGAAGAAUGUUCGAGACUCUCAAGUUAAGACCCUUUCUGAGCAGCUGAAAGAAGUUCCAUUGGAUAGUGAUGAUUUAGCAUCAUCGAACAUUCAUUUUCGUGGAAGAUUUCCACGACAUGAGAGACUUGUUGAGGAGGCAGAAGCCAGGAUGCAUGGUAAUGGCAGUGGAAUGAAUAGGGGGAAAAGGCGUAAAUUUCGAAGUGCUAGAAGGGCUCGGGUUGCUACAACAUCAAGAGAUAUUGAAGCUGAGAAUGAAAUGUCCGUGGCUUCCAACUCAUUAGCUCAGGCUUCAGCGCAUCAUAAAUAUCAUUUGGAGGAGGCUGAUGCUUUUGCAGAUGAAAAUGUUACUAGGGCUCCAAAAAAUGGGUGUGGCAUUCCUUGGAAUUGGUCCAGAAUUCAUAAUAGAGGUAAAACAUUCCUUGACAUGGCUGGCCGAAGUUUUUCUUGUGGUUUAUCAGACUCGAGAUUAAAGAAAGGAACGUUAGGUGCCAAUGGAAGAAAUAUUUCUGAUAUGCCUGUGGCAUCUGAUCACUCAAGCUCAUGUACUAAAUCUGAUGCAGAGGCACUGCCUUUACUGGUUGACUAUUCUGGAUCUCAUGCAAGCACGGAGAAUGCUUGUUGGGAUCAUGACUAUUCUGGGGAACUAGGUCUUUUUGGUGAUAAUUUAUUCAAGCAUGAUAUUGAUUCUGACCUUGCUUCUGAAGCUAGAUCUGGUGACCAGCAUAAGUUGAGAGGGAAUCGUCACAAUAGACACCAAAGCUUAACACAAAAAUAUAUGCCUCGAACCUUCAGAGAAAUGGUUGGGCAGAAUUUAGUGGCACAAGCUCUUUCAAACGCAGUAAUGAAAAGGAAAGUUGGAUUAUUGUACGUGUUUUAUGGUCCUCAUGGCACUGGAAAGACUUCUUGUGCUCGCAUAUUUGCCAGAGCUUUGAAUUGUAAUUCUUCAGAGCACCCAAAACCUUGUGGCUUUUGCAAUUAUUGCAUAGCUCAUGAUAUGGGCAAGAGUAGAAAUAUAAGGGAAGUUGGUCCAGUCAGUAAUUUUGACUUUGAGAGCAUCAUGGACCUACUUGACAAUAUGAUUGUUUCCCAGCUUCCAUCACAUUACAGAGUAUUUAUUUUUGAUGACUGUGAUACUCUGUCAGCUGAUUGUUGGAAUGCUAUAUCGAAGGUCAUUGAUCGAGCACCUAGACGUGUGGUUUUUAUCCUUGUCAGUUCUAGUCUUGAUGUCUUGCCUCAUAUAAUAAUAUCCAGGUGUCAAAAGUUCUUUUUCCCAAAGCUGAAGGAUGCUGAUAUUAUAUUUACGCUGCAGUGGAUUGCAACCAAAGAAGGUCUAGAAAUUGAUAAGGAUGCCCUGAAACUCAUUGCAUCAAGAUCAGACGGAUCACUGAGAGAUGCUGAGAUGACCCUUGAACAACUUAGUUUGCUUGGGCAAAGAAUAUCUGUUCCUCUUGUUCAGGAACUGGUAGGACUUAUCUCUGAUGAGAAAUUGGUGGAUCUGCUUGAUUUGGCAUUAUCUGCAGACACAGUUAACACUGUUAAGAAUUUGAGAGUGAUCAUGGAAACUGGUGUUGAACCAUUAGCUUUGAUGUCACAACUUGCUACAGUAAUUACUGAUAUACUUGCAGGGACCUAUGAUUUCACAAAAGAAAGGCGAAGAAGGAAGUUCUUCCGGAGACAGCCAUUGUCCAAAGAAGACAUGGAAAAGCUUCGCCAAGCUCUGAAAACUUUAUCUGAGGCUGAGAAGCAGUUGAGGAUGUCCAAUGACAAGCUAACCUGGUUGACAGCUGCAUUGCUUCAACUUGCUCCUGACCAGCAAUAUGUGUUGCCUACUUCAUCUGAUAAUAGUUUCAACCAUAGUCCCUUGGCUCUAAAAGAUGCACAUAUAAGAGAAGCAGCUAGGCAAACUAGUAAUCCUGUUGAAAUUCAUAACAAAACAAGACGAUUAUCAAUGGAUUCUAGAAUUGAAAAUUUCCAAGCUGGAAGCUCAGCAGAGGGUAUGACAAAGGGUCCUGGUUCAGAGAAGAGACGAAUAAGUGUGUCUGGUUCUGCUUCUCAACAUACAUAUUCACAUGCCACUGACAAGAGUAGGAUGAAUGAAAGGCAGAUUUUGGGUAAAAGCCGUAAAGAAAUUGAUGAGAUAUGGUUAGAGGUGCUUGAGAGAAUUCAAGUUACUGGUUUGAAAGAAUUUUUGUAUAAAGAAGGCAAGCUGAUCUCUGUUAGUUUUGGAGCAGCUCCAACUGUGCAGUUAAUGUUCAGUUCUCAACUGACCAAAUCUACUGCUGAGAAGUUCAGAGGUCACAUCUUACAAGCAUUUGAAUCUGUCCUUGGAUCUUCUAUAACAAUAAAAAUUAGAUGUGAGUCAUAUAAAGAUGCAGGCCCUGCUGUUCAACUGCCUCUUAUAUUGUCUGCUAGCAAUGAUAGUUCAUCUCAGAUUCGAGACUCAAAUGGUGUUGGCAAUCAAGCUCAUGCUUCCCUAACUGAUUCUGUUGAAAAGAAAAUGGGUGAAAUUGUAGAAGCAGCAGCUUCUCAAGUGGAGCACAAGAAUAAUGAGCAGCGGGUUGAUGCUCAUGGGACAUCUUAUAAAAGUUUAGAAGGUACAAGUAUAGGACAAACAUCAGCUUCCCAGAAAAAACCAAUUGUUAAGUCACAUUUAGACCGAAGAAAGCUUAGGGAGCAAGGUCAAAGUCGAAGUCUUGUAAAAAGCAAAGUAUCUCUUGCUCAUGUAAUCCAGCAGGCAGAAGGUCCGAGAAGUGGGUGGUCAAAACGUAAAGCAGUUUCUAUUGCUGAAAAGCUUGAACAAGAGAACCUGAGGCUGGAGCCAAGAUCAAGAAGUUUAUUAUGUUGGAAAGCAACAAAAGUAACCCGGCGAAAGCUGUCACGCUUGAAAAUCCGAACCCGAAAACCACGUGCACUGCUGAAUCUGGUCUCAUGUGGGAAGUGUCUCUCUACAAAAUCUCCAAGGUAGUGUUGGGAAUGUUGGUGGGUUCAUUCAAUAGCCAUUUGUAUUGCCUCUAUUUUGGCUUUUUCCUGAUGUGUUAUAGGGUCCAAUUUUACAGGGUCAAGCCUUUUUUUUCAUUUAAUUAAAUAAAAGCAUGUAGUUAUAUAUCAGAUGAAGAAAGUGUAGGAAAGUAGUUAGACUAGUACAUUCCAUUUCACUGAUAAGAUAUUGUAUAUUUUUUCCUUUCUAGCAUAAAUUUGAUGGAAAUUUCAAACUAAGAUUCAGUUGAAAAUU